AUGGCAGCUGCAGUCGACCCAGCUACGCGGAAGCGAGUCCUGCGAGUAAUCGCUUUCUCGCUGCUCCUUGACUUGAUCUCCUUCACAUUCAUCCUGCCGCUCUUCCCGCGCCUGCUCGAAUUCUAUCGCGAUAGCGAAGCUCCCGCCCUCCUCAAUGGCGGCCCGCCGACCCUGCUGCAGCGCGUCAUCAGCGGCCUCAAUAGCUACAAGGCGUCGUUUGCGCGCCCGAUCGAGUCCCGCUACGACAUUGUCCUGCUCGGCGGCGCAAUGGGCUCCUUGUUUUCUCUGCUCCAGGCGUUUGCGUCGCCGCUGAUUGGCCGCCUCUCUGAUCGAUACGGCCGUCGCAAGGCUCUCCUCGCCUCCAUGACCGGCAACAUCAUCUCCGUGCUGCUCUGGGUCGCCGCGGUCGACUUUCGAACCUUUAUCGCGAGCCGUGUCGUCGGCGGUCUCUCCGAGGGCAACAUUCAGCUGGCCACCGCCAUGGCCAGCGACAUUUCGGACGAGGCGUCGCGCGGCUCGACUAUGGCCAUCAUCGGCGCCUGCUUCUCUGUGGCCUUUACCUUUGGCCCCGCGCUAGGGGCCUGGCUGAGCACCGUUCCCUCGGUCAAGGCCAACCCCUUUGCGACGGCCGCCGGUGUCAGCUUGGCGCUCAUUGUGGUGGAAACAGUCUAUCUGUACUUUUACCUGCCCGAGACGCUCCCUGCCAUUACGGGCAAGAAGGCGGCUACUGCCGACAGCGCAAAGCAAAACGGCAACGGUACCAGUUCCUCUGCUCCCAAGAAGACUGUCGAGAGGACAAAUUCGCACAUUAUCCUCAACGCCGUGCACUUUGUCUUCUUGCUGUUCUUCUCCGGCAUGGAAAGCUCGCUGUCUUUCAUGACCUACGAUCUCUUCUCGUUUACGUCUGGCAACAACGGCCGCCUCCUCGGCUUCAUCGGCCUCGUCGCGUCUAUCCUGCAAGGCGGGGUGACUCGGCGUCUCCCCCCGCUGACCUCUGUGCGCCUCGGCACGACGGCCUGCCUGGCCGCCUUUGUGCUGCUGGCGCGUCUCAACACCACCGGCGGCCUCUACGCGGCGGCGACCUGCCUGGCCAUCACCUCGGCGACUGUGGUGACGGGCCUGAAUGCGCUCAGCAGCUUCGAGGCCAACGAGGACGAGCGAGGCAGCAAGCUGGGCAACCUGCGCAGCUGGGGCCAGCUUGGCCGUGGCCUAGGGCCUAUUCUGUUUACUAGCAUCUACUGGUGGGCCGGCAGGGAAUAUGCCUACACCGUCGGAGCGACAGGCACAGCCGUAGUAGCGGCUGCUGCCUUUGGCCUGCUCAAAACGCCCAAGGCCUCGUUGAAAAAGGCGUCGGUCAAGAGCCAAUAA